AUGCGUUGCGUAGCCCUCCUCCUCGCCGCUGUUGCAGUAUUGGCCUACGGCCAAGUGCAGAACUCUGGCUAUGAGAACGCCGAGCAAGUUCAGCCUGCUCCAGCGCCGAUCAGCGCCAAUGGUGGAGAUCAGCAAGCCUAUAACUCUGACGCUGCUGCCCCAGUGGCUCCCGCUUCUCCACCACCUCCUCCACCUCCUCCACCACCACCACCCGCACCCGUCCAAAGCAGCUACGCAUCUUCACCUCCACCUUCAUACCCUCCUAUGCAGGGCAGUUACGGAACGUCCCCACCUCCAUCUUCUUACCCAACACUUGUCCCUAGCAGCACUUACGGACCCAGCAGCAAUGCUCCAGUAAUGACUGGCAACGGCAUGGGAUACAGACACCGCCGUCUUUUCCGUCAUCGAUCUCGCAAAGCUCGUCUCUAA